GUGCCAAGUUUUUUAGGAGGGGACACAAAACAAAAUCAAGAGCUACAGAAAGGCCUAAAAAAAUGCCCAUUCAUCAAACCCUUCACAGGGUGUCCACUAAAGUUAAAAAAUUUAUAAGUAAUCAACAACAACUUAUUAGAGUUUUGGGUAGUCAAACUCAAAAUCCUUGCAACCCAAUAUACACUAAUACCUUUGAAAAGCUAGCUACCGACUACAAGUCAAAAAAGAAACAAAAGGAUUUCAGACAUCAUCCUCAUCAUCUGCUAAACCUUUGGAGUCCCUUCAAACUCAAAACACAAUCCGUGUCAGCAGUUGCCUUGUUGAUGGGUCUUCUAGGAAUGGUUUAUCAAGGAAAAAAACAACCUCCUUCUCCUCCCACUCCUUCAGAGACUGGUUCCCCAGAAGAUUCUCCUGUGGUUUCUUCAAGAUUCAAACUCAAAGAUGGGAGGUACCUGGCUUACAGGGAGAGAGGUGUGCCCAAGGACAAAGCUAAAUUCAAGAUCAUUGUUGUCCACGGCUUAGGGAGCUCUAAAGAGAUGAAUUUUCUGGCACCUCAAGAACUAAUAGAUGAGUUGGGGAUAUAUUUUCUGCUAUUUGAUCGAGCGGGAUAUGGAGAAAGUGAUGCAGACCCAAAGCACUCAGUAAAGAGUGAAGCAUUUGACAUUCAAGAACUUGCUGAUCAUUUACAGAUAGGAUCCAAGUUUUAUGUGAUUGGAGUCUCAAUGGGAUCCUACUCCAUAUGGAGUUGCCUCAAAUACAUACCAGACAGGCUAGCAGGUGUGUCUUUUGUAGUCCCGGUUGUGAAUUACUGGUGGCGUUCUCUACCUGAUAGAGUGGUAAAGGAUGACUACAGGAAGAAACUUGUGAGGUGGUCAAUGUGGUUUGCAAAUCAUGCUCCUGGACUACUACACUGGUGGGUGAAUCAAAAAUGGCUCCCUUCAACUUCUGUCUUGGAAAGAAACCCGAUGUUCUUCAAUGACCGAGACAUAGAUGUUUUGAAGACUAUAUCAGGAUUCCCAAUGCUCACCCAGGAUAAGUUACGGGAGAGAAGUGUUUUUGAUACUCUCCGUCGUGACUUUAUGCUGGCUUUUGGCAAAUGGGAAUUUGACCCUUUGGAUCUGCGCAAUCCAUACCCUCAAAAUGAAAGCACUGUGCACAUAUGGCAAGGUUUAGAAGAUAAGGUUGUGCCUGUUCAGCUUCAAAGAUUUGUUUCUGGGAAGCUACCCUGGAUUCGGUAUCAUGAAGUUCCAAAUGGUGGACAUUUGAUAGUGCAUUAUGAUGGUAUAUGCGAAGCCAUUUUAAGGUCGCUUUUGCUUGGAGAAGAACAAGUUUCAUUUAGACCUAAUACAGCCAAAAUCAUACCUUGAAGUUGUCUCAACUUCUUCUCCCCAUCCAAAUUGUUGAUUGUGUAGGUGAUUGAUUUUUUUCUUUCAGAUAUUGACAAAUAUGUACAUUACAUUUGUUACUGGAAAAUUUUAGAGGAAUAUAAUCCUUGUUUCUAUA